UUUUUUUUUUUUUUUGUUCUGCUCUUGAAACAGGCUCUGCAUGGCAAAUUAAGUCCGAUAGAGCAACAACAAAAAAAGCGGUUGUUCUGUUGAAAAACGUGUCAGGAGUAAUACCUGGUUGUCAACCUUCAGCCCCGGGGCUAACCCCCGGUCGCCGACCGAAUUAAUGGCCGGAAAUCCGAGGAGGGGCGCCGGUCUCAUCGGCUUGAUGAAGGACGCCUUUCAGCCCCACCAGCAGCCUCCCCAGCCUCACCAACCUGCGGUGGUCGAUAAGAAAAUGGUGGAGAAAUGCUGGAAACUCAUGGAUAAGGUGGUGCGUUUGUGCCAGAACCCUAAGGUGGCAUUGAAGAACAGCCCACCCUACAUCCUGGACCUGUUGCCAGAUACUUACCAACACCUACGCACCAUUCUGUCCCGAUACGAGGGCAAAAUAGAAAUCCUUGGGGAGAAUGAAUAUUUCCGUGUGGUCAUGGAGAACUUGACCAACAAGACAAAGCAGACCAUGAGCCUUUUUAAGGAGGCCAAGGAGAGGAUGUAUGAGGAGAACUCCCAGCCCAGGCGAAACCUUACCAAGCUGUCUCUGAUCUUCAGUCACAUGCUAGCAGAGCUAAAAGCCAUCUUCCCCAAUGGCUUAUUUCAGGGCGACAACUUUAGGAUCACCAAAGCUGAUGCUGCUGAAUUUUGGAGACGGUCAUUUGGAGACAAGACCAUAGUGCCAUGGAGGACAUUUCGUCAGGCCCUCCAUGAGUUUCACCCCAUCAGCUUGGGCUUGGAGGCCAUGGCUCUCAAGUCCACCAUCGACCUCACCUGCAACGACUACAUCUCUGUCUUUGAGUUUGACAUCUUCACCAGGCUUUUCCAGCCGUGGUCAUCUCUUUUAAGGAACUGGAACAGUCUGGCAGUCACACACCCUGGUUACAUGGCCUUCCUAACCUACGACGAGGUCAAGGCUCGACUGCACAGGUUCAUCCACAAACCUGGCAGCUACAUCUUCAGACUGAGCUGCACUCGGCUGGGCCAGUGGGCUAUCGGCUACGUGACAGCUGACGGGAACAUCCUGCAGACCAUCCCCCAUAACAAACCACUCUUCCAAGCUCUCAUUGAUGGAUACAGAGAGGGAUUCUAUCUGUUCCCAGAUGGUCGUGCACAGAACCCAGACUUAACAGGGCUGUGUGAACCUUCUCCACAGGACCACAUCAAAGUUACUCAGGAGCAGUAUGAGCUGUACUGUGAGAUGGGCUCAACGUUCCAGCUUUGUAAGAUCUGUGCAGAGAACGACAAGGACGUGAAGAUCGAGCCUUGCAGACACCUGAUGUGCACCUCCUGUCUGACUGCGUGGCAGGAAUCUGAGGGUCAAGGCUGCCCAUUUUGUCGCUGUGAGAUUAAAGGCACAGAGCCCAUCGUAGUGGACCCCUUCCACCCGAAGGCCAGCGGUUCUUCCUUUGCUGGUUUCCAGGGGUCCAGUAGAGCAGAAGCUGCCGCCAAUGAUGAGGAUGAGGAUGAUCGCCUGGAGGACCAGCACCUUGUCAUGAGCAGGCUGGCCUGCACCAAGGUAGAGCGCCCGCCAUCUCCGGUGUCUCAACUGCCCCCGGUACCCCCAAGACUGGACCUCCUGCAGCAGAGACCCUCCAGCUCCCACAGUGCACAGGGUCAAGGAGCCACACCCAAGAUUGCAGCCACACAUAGAGACAAGCCUCUACCUCUGCCUCCGGCCCUGAGAGAGCUGCCCCCUCCUCCCCCUCCCGAACGCCCCUCCCUGGUCGGUUCAGACUCCAGACUCCAGAGGAGACCUCUGCCCUCCACUCCUGACCAGCCCGCCUGGGCUUCCAACUACAUGGUCCCACGCCCGGUAACCAAGGCCCUGUCAGCCCUGUCCUCCACCCCUCAGAGCAACGGAACCAGUGGCGAGGGAAGCAAACCCCAGGCAGCUACUAAUGCUGUCUACUGCCUGGCUGCAAGAGCUCUGCCAGCGCCACUGGUGUCAAGUGGGGAGAAGCCAUCGUCUGACUGUGAGGAGAAUGAGUACAUGAGUCCCACCUCUCUGCCAGCCUCUGGUGCCCCAUGGGUUAUAACAGGCUCCUUGGUGCCCCCACCACCUGUCCAGGCAAACCACCACAAUGACAUCAGUGAGUUGGGAGACAGUGAUUCUGAGGACCCCCAAGUCUACGAGUCCAUGUGUAACAUCCAGGCCCAGGCUGGUUCCUCUGAGCCGGCACAGGCCUCUGACCUAGACCACCCUCAACACUCAGCUGCCGUUUCCCAGGACAUGAAAGAGGAGACCAAUGAGGAGGAUGUUUACGAGUAUGACUGUCCCAGACCAGUCGUCCCUCCCGCCCCCACCAGAAGAACCCUGUCAGAUAUGGGCGGUCCCUCAGCUGCCUUCAGCACUCUCAGCAUAGACAGUGCAGUCGAAGCCAGUAUGUUCGCAGCAGGUGUCGACCCCGAACGUCCCCCUAAACCUCUCCCACGGCGAGCCAACUCAGACAGACGGCCUCGGCCUGUAAACCGUGAAUUUUCGACUCCAUUGCCAGACCUCCCUGGUCCCUCCUCCUCUUCCUCUGCCUCCCCCCCUCCUCCUCCUCCUCCUCCUCCUGCUGCAGGCCCAGGAAACCUUGCUCUAAACGGGGAGAUUGAAUGCCUGAUGUCCCAAGGCUACUCCAUCCAGGACAUCCAGAAAGCCCUGAUGAUCGCCCAGAACAACCUGGAGACGGCCAAGAACAUCCUGCGCGAGUUUGUCUCCAUCCCCUCCACGGCACACAUCGCCACAUAGUCACUCCAGGCACGCCCAUCCUCUCUGUCCCAUGUCUUGUCUUUCCACUCUGUGCCAUUACCAUGGAUAGCAUUUACCAAGCACUUUCCUGCAGGGCCACAAGCACUUGCCAAAAGGCUUUACACUGAGCUGCGUUCACGUCCUAUCGGAAGAUGCAGACAAAAAGAUGACCAUCAUCUGCAAGUUCUACUCAUUGAAAUAUCAUCCAAAGUCAUUUGUAACAAACUUGCGUGUAAUGGUUUUAUAGAUUGUCUCGGACUACCAACGUAAAGUGGUUGAAAAUGCCUCAAAAUCUCUUGUUUACUCGUAAUCGCCACUUGGAGAUUGAAGGUUUCGGCCCAGAAGGAGCAGAAAGCUUCCCCAGAAUAGACGUACCCAUGGGUUGGUUCAAACCUUUGGUCCAGUUUGGUUUUAGGAGCAGCUCGGUACGGGCAGACAAGUCCGAUAUGACCUGAACGCAGCAUACAUGGAGAGUCCAAGCCUUUUAGAUGUGAGCUCUCCGUAGCCGAGCUUUGACCCUGUUGUACUUUGCUGAGGUCCACUCGUGUUGUGGCAGUGUUUCCCCUCAGUCAGAGUACUUUUUUUUUUUUUCUCUCAUUAAGCUAAGUGUUGAAGCUACAGUGACUUUUGAUCAGUAGAGGGAACCUGCGGAUCGGUGUCCCGCUGCUGGCAGCCGUUCAAGUUUGACGCUUUACAGGCUUCUUGGCGAAUCGUGGCGUACGAAUAUGUAGCGACACAAGUUUGGUUGGAAAAUUAGUGAUUAACUCCGUGGUGUGUGUGUGGUGUGCGCUCAUGCUGAUGAAUGUGAAUGUUCAGUCGCAGUGCAGUAUCGAAGGGCUUCAUGUCGUACGCGUCACUGUGGCUCGCUCCGUUUCGAUGGUAUUUGACAAGUCGGCUCCAUAUUUCCUCUCAGCUGCCGGUUCUAUAAUGAAAUAACAAGUUUAAUGUUUAAGUGCUCUCAUAAGGUGUCGUGUUGUGUGUAGUACUAACAAUGGCUGAAUUUUCAGAAGUUUAUUUUCUCGUUUUUUAACUCCAUGAUUGCCUGCCACCAUUUCAGGUGGUCGAACACUGAAGGCUGGUGUAUUUACUCAAAAGCUUCUCUUCUAGAUUCUUACUAAAAAAAAAAAAAGCUUACGGAUUUUAACAUGUGCUGUUGAUGUGAUUCAGCUCAGCAUCACAUUUGUACCCAGAACAGCUUCAGGUGGUUCAGGAGAGAUCAGAUGGAUGGGAUUUACAUUGAGCUGGAAAAAACUGAAGGUUGUCACGUGGACUCAGGUACUCAGUAAUAAGCCAGGGUUGAAUGUAAUGAAUGAAAAGAUGCUAAAGGACACAAUUAUGAUGAUACAACGUCGCAAACACUCCUCUAAGGAUUUUCUUUUUUAUUGUUACAUACAAACACAUAUAUUUAAUAUUUCAAAGUCAGUUUUUAAAAGCCCAUUCAGUUUCAAACUCUCGAAAUGUCUAAUACUGUCGUACUGCCACAUAUCACAGUCCUGGAUGGUUAUCUCUUGACAUUUUGGUCACUCUGCACUUCAUAAAAUGUUUUCAGCAUUGGUUAAAUGUUCUUUUAAGUGAAAAUAUUCCACAUUUCAUUGAUCCAGCUUCUCCAUUGGAUAAAAGUAGCUAUUUAAAGACCUCAGCUUGGGCUUUAAGAAGUUGCAAUGUGCAUUUUACACAAUUUUCAGACAUUUUGAGACAAAAUGUUGAAUUGGAAAGGGAUGAAAAUAAUCUUGCAGCCCUAUAAAAUAUAUAAAUUACAUGAUUUUUUAUCAUUCAUAUUGCUGAAAUAUACAGUAGUUGUAAUAUCUCAACAAUACAGUAUACAAAGAUCCGUGUUUCCACAGGAUAAAUUGUAAUAACUUUUUUAUCACUAAAUAUCUACAGAUUAAAGCUCCACUUAAAUUUCAACACUAAUUAUCAAAUGUUAGCACGCUUACUCGCCCUGCUAUGAUGGUGAGCAUGAACAUUACACCUGUGAAACAUUAGGGCUGUCAUUGCAAGCAUGCUAACACAUUUAGCUCAAAGCGCUAUAGAUUUUUUUUUAAAGUUACCAAGGAGAUUUCUUCUUCAGCCUUCAUGUAAAUAAUGUUCUGAACUGAGUGACUGAAAUGUCAAGAGUUGGAGUCGUGCUGUGAUAAGUAGCAGGCCUGUCCUGGAUUGAGUCCUUGAUACAAAGUCAUCAGCUCGACUUCAUUCAGAUCCAUUCUCCAACGAAAUGUUCAAAUUAACGCAAAAAUCGAGACGGAUUCGACUCAACAGUCCUCACUCAGGUUUUUGGAUUUCUUUGCAGUGGACCAAUAAUGAGCAGCUGUCUCUCUUACUCUUACUGUAUGCCAUCCUAUCAGUGGCAUUUUGAUGUUGUAUCUACACAAGAGUGUGCGUUUCCACACACUCAUGGGCUCACUUCAAGCAAAGAUAAAAAGAUGUCUGACUCAUCAAAGCAGGGAGUCUGAUCUUAGUGCAGAAUACAAAUCCAUUAGAAGAGAAGCUCUGUCACUCUAACAUGGCUGUUCCAUAUUAAUGCACACAUUUAGGAACACUGCCAGAAACAAGACAGGACUGGACAGAGCAUCUUAUUUUCAUUUUAAUAUACAAGCAGGUUAAUAUGUCUGAAGCGUCCCCUUAUAGAUCCUCAUCAGAUCGUCACCUUUGAUUCUUGCAGUAACAUGUUAAUGUGCCUUCUGUCCAUCACUACCCGCACAUGCCAGCAGACACAUAAAACUCCACGUUUACUGCUUAAAUGCAACAGAAAUCUACACGCUUUUUACUGAAUUUGUCUCAAAUGUUCACCUUCAUAAACAGAAUAUCACAUCAAAAAAUGGAUAAUAAGAGUCCAGUCAAUAAUAGAUUUUCUUAGCCCGUUAAAUAAAUACAAUUGUCAUGGAUAUUUCUGAUAAGAUCCCAUAAAUUUGGUCCGUAAAGAUUUGUGACCAAGAUAUGUACGGAACAAUUUCCAAAAUAAACCUAUUGGAGCUCCCUGGUGGACAAAUUAUGCAUUAGCGUUAAAUUAUACCUGCAGUUAUGAGACACUAAUUUUAAUACUUACCGUUUCAAUGAAUGCAAUGUACGACCAUAUUUUGACAUUUCUAUACUGCAAAUUCCUGUUACUUAAGUAUACAUUGAUCUGAGGAGUAGGUGGCUCAAUCCCCAAAGUAUCUGUACCGGUAACAGAGUUUUGUUUUGUAUCGAUCCUAUUGAUGAUAGGAUCGAUGUAUCAACUUAGACAUCCUGGGAUGCAUGAACACUCCACUUACUGCUGCAAUAUUUGCAUCUAUUUAUCUUGCGUUUAAACGUGCACAUGAUUUAAAAUCAUGAAGAGAAUUCUUUGGUGGUAAUUCAGAUAUAUUUAGAGAUAGCCUACUAAUAAAGCACUCACUUCAUAAAUCAUGACCUAUUUCUCUCUCUUACAUUAAAGCACAUUAACAAUAAAAAAUGUAUUUAUCUAUACUAAUAUUGGUCAUCUUGACCCUCGUAUUGCUUUAUAUUUGAUCAAAACCAGAUACAGUGGCAUUGCCCACCUCUCUAACUGGUAUAUUUGUGAUAAUACAGAUUUUUAAUUUGACAUAUUUUUCUUCUGGAGUUAGGUUUGAAAUAUGUCUACAUGUCUGUGGAAUCCGUUCAGGGCUCUUUCUUUUAUGCUCUCGAAGUAUUGCCUAAUGUGAUGAAAGUAACAAACAUACUGUACACUGAAGUAAACCAUGCUGGAAUUGUCCUCGUGUAGGUUGAUCACGACCCUGCUGACGAGGCGGAGGUUGCUGAAUCUGCUGUGGUUCCGUAGAAAUCCUGCAGCUUUAAUUGCCCCUUACCAAAAGUGUUUUAAACGAGCACGGUGCCCCGCGUCGCCCCCUUCAGCUCGCGUUGAUUUACAGAGAAUGUGUCCCUCGGCUUUGUGCUCAGUCAAACGUUUGAACGCUCAAACGGGGACUUAACUCUUGACCAUGAAAGUGUCGCUGUGUGAGGAUACACUCGAGGCUGACAGUCAUUGUUGAAUCACUGCCAGAGACUCCGCCGUCUCACACACAAACACUUUCCCUCACUGCUAAGCUCAGCUGGUGUGUUGGUCCACUGGUUAAUAUGUGUGGUGUAAUCAUGGUUACUAGCCUUUUCAACAAGAACUUGCCUACUAAAAAAAUAAGUUGUCAUUGCUUUGUUGUCGCUUGUGUAAAUAUGAUUUUAUUUAUUGUCUUUUUAAUAUCCUCAGCAUUUUGUUUUGUUGCCAUGUUUUCAUGCCUAAGCCAUUAAGAUUUUUAAUUAAACAGUAUUUUCUUUAA